AUGACGGAGCGGGCUACCGUGUCUGUGUCUUUGUGGGACACUGUAGUAACCACGGGGUACCCCAGUACAAUAGAGGCCAAGGGGCCAAAGCCUCGCUUGGUCUUCAGCCCUGCUUACCGCCUGGCAAUGGCCAUGCUCUCCCUCCAGAGAAGCCUCAGCACAGGCAUCUCCACCCUGAAAGACAUCAUCACCCUGAAAAAGGGGAGGCUCUUCACGAUCCUCUUCUGGAUGAGCCUAGCUGCUCUCGGCUUGGAGGCUCCGGGAGGGGCUGGGCAGCUCUCUGACAAGAUCUGCUUUCCCGGUGUCUGCAGGAACACGCUCGCUCUGUGGGGGGAACAAUCGCAACAGAUGCAACAGCUGAGGGAUGAGGUGGCACGCCUGGCUGCAGAGAUCGGCACUAUGAAGAAGGAAGUUCAGCAAAUGAGGGAGGCAGUGUCUGCAACCACACAGAUGUCUGACUGGGCUCUGAAAAGUGCAGGGGCUGCCAUCGACCUGCACAGAUCAUCCAGCAGCUCUGCAUGGCUCUGCAGGGUGUUUUGGUUCCUGUGUGCUCCACACGUUCUGGAUACCUUUGUGCAGACGGAUGCUUCCCCGGGAUAUUGCUGGCCUUUCCAAGGGUCUGGGAGUGAGGUGCUAAUCCGGUUGCCUGCACAAGUACGACCAACGGCCGUCACCGUACAGCACGCCUCCAAGAUAGCCUCUCCGCUGGAGACUGUCAGUAGCGCUCCCCGAGAUUUCACGGUCUCUGGACUGGAUGAGGAAGGCGAGGAUGAAACUCUGCUGGGGACAUUCACCUACGCCGUGCACAAAGAGCCCACCCAGACCUUCCCUCUGCAGAAUGGGAACCCCAGAGCCUUUCGGUUUUUGAAACUUGGCAUACAGAGCAACUGGGGAAAACCAGGAUACACCUGCAUUUAUCGCGUGCAGGUGCAUGGGAAGAUCGUGGGAUCGAGUGCCAUCGGCCAGACACGUGUGGAGACCCUCCCUCACUAA